CAGCUGAGUUCCAAAGCUAAUUAGUGACCAGUAUGUGUUCCUUGAUUGGCUUCCCCAAUAAAGGGCUUGCAAGCAAAGUUAAGAAAGAAAAAUAGCAGAAUACCUGUAAAGAAGGUUUUUUUGUAUGUCAGUCAUGGCUAGUCAGAGGACUAGGUGGAAUGGUAUAAGAGGGGUUCUUUGUUGCAGGACUCCUAAAGAUGGCAGGCUAGAUCCCCAGCAGCAGCAGGAGGAAUCUGGUAAUGUUUCUGGGAUUCUUGUUGCUUCACAAAGUGAUACUAAGCAGGUCCAAGACUCUCCAUCCAUAAGGGAGCAUCAAGCCAUGGACAUGUCAAGCCAGGAUAUUGAAGCAGUGUACCAAAAGCGCACCCAUGACCUUGAGCAAGAGCUGCAUGCUGCUGUGAAGAACAACAGGGAGCUGUCCUGCCAGCUGAAUGAAAUAGGCCGUCUUGUUUUCCCAGAGCUGUCUGAUUCUACGCAACUCAGUCUCACAGAGAGGCUAAAGGUCUACCUGGAGUGCCAGCUGAUGGAGAAGGAGGAGCUAGAGAGGAGAGCAGUGAAGGCAGAAGAGACCAUAGUGGAAAUGAAGCGUACAGUGGCUGUUCUGCAGAGGAACCUGCCAGAUGCUGAUCAUUCUCCUGCGUGCCUGAUGAAUACUCUGGAACGCCAUCCACCUGGGCACUCAGAAGCUCCCUUUUCUACACAAGCUCAUGGGAGGAUGCAAGAAGAUGCCUUAACUACAACCAGUACUCUUCCAGUGACUGCCCUGUUAAGUGGAGGAGGAGAUGAUGGUCAUGGACUGCCCAGCAGUUAUGUGGUCAACGCAGUGCCUUGCACCAGAAGCCCAGGCCUAGUGGAAUUUGAAGUGGAGAACCUCAGUGUGUGGUUGAACAUUGUAUACCUGCAGCAAACUUUGGAAGGAAAACAUCAAAGCAAAGAGGGAGAGGUGCUCAUGGGGGUGGAGAAAAGUGCCCCAGAAAGUGCCACAAACAAAGCUGUGGGCUUAGCUGGCCAUGCUGCUCCUCAGAGGCCAGAUGUUCCAAUUGAUUUUCCAGACUCUGAUGCCCAUGAAACCAAACCCAUGCCAAAGCAGGAUCUGCAAGUUGCUUGCCCAUCUGCAAAAGAUGCUUCUGGAGAUGACUCGCUUGAUUCUGGCAGAAGCCUAGCCAUCUGUUAUGUCCAUAGAGGUGACCACACAGCUGAUCUGGAGCCAGGUACUAACCAAAUCCUGACUGGUGAGCAAUCUCCUGGCAGGCUUGGCCUGCUGAAGAAUCCAGCAGAGGUUUCCCCUCAGCUCAGUCUCCCUGUGUCUCUACCCAAGGCAGAGGGUGAAUCUUUUCUAAAGGGAGGCAAAGGGCAUAGUUGGGGAGAAAAUUUUCAUUUGCCAUCCAUUUCUGCUAAGCCUUUAACGACGCAAACUCUUACUGUGACAAAAAUGUGUCUGGAAGGCCCACUCAGAGUUGAGGAAACCAAAGAUGAAUCAUACAUCUCUGCCAAAGAGAAGCUAGCUGUAGUUAUUACUUUGGAUGCAGAAACUGGAGAGCUGCUGUCAGCCUCACCUACUCUUGAAGCUUCAAUAGGUAGCUAUAUAAGCAGCUCUAUGCAAUCCUCUCGGCCAGCAUUGCCCACUAAGGAAAGCCCUGAAGACUUAACAGAAGAAUCAAGUCCAGAGGUGUUUGUGUAAAACUGGCCCAAGCUGUGGCAUGUGAUGGGGGCAACAAGGUUUCUGAGGACAGCGAUGCAACCAGCCUGAUGGAAACUACACUGAAUGGACUGGGUGCUCAAAAUGCUGCGGUACUAUUGAACUUCACAGCUUUGGUGUGAGAUGUGUCUGUUUUUAUGUCUGAAAAGUGAGGCAGCCCCAUGCAAGAGAUGGGGAGGGGGUGAUGGUGAUGGGGAGCUUAUCCUGGUUAAUAACAUUUAGCAGUAUAAAUGAACUAGCACUGCAUGUUUGUAUAAAUCAGGGGUAGCUAUCCUGUGCCCUGUCAGUUGUUGGACUUCAACUCCCAUCAGCCCCUUCCAGCGUGGUUGAUGGUUGGAAAUGAUGGGAGUUGCAGUUCAGCAACAUCUGGAGGGCCAUGCAGGUGCCCCACCCUUGGUAUAAAUGAUCUGCCACUGUAUGCAUGGUGAUAAGGUUGGCUAUGUUUUUCCUUAGAUGGGGGAAAGAGGAGAGCCACUUUUCCUUUCUCGCUCGGUGAAGAGGAAUAAAGGCAGUUUUGUGACCCUAGCUUUUGAAACUGUAAAGCAGCAGUCUACAUCCCGAGGUGGUUGGUUUUGCUUGACUGAAACUUAAACAAGCUCCUAAUAUUUAACUCUGCAAAUAAAGGAUUUUUAAAAAAACUUUUCAGCUGG